UUCUACGCCAGCUGCGCCUACAUGAACCGACAAGACAGGAAAAAGAUCCGACUGCUCCAGACCAAGUUCUCCUGGCUGAUCGCAGACAGAGUGGACACGACCGUCACCGACAUGACCAGCUGUGCUUACGACAGUGUGAUCGUGGUGCACGGUCAACCCUUCCUGAGGGGGGUCAAAGCGUACUCUGCGAAAGUGUUCAACUUUGGCAAAGACUUAAAAAUCCCCCGAACUAAGGUGGUGGAGAUAAGCGACCACUACCCUGUGGAGGUUAUACUGCAGAGCUCCGCCCUCCUCCUUCAGGCCACGCCCUUCCUGAGCCUCCUCUUCAUUUGCACAGUCGUCCAAUCCUUCCUAUCCGCUCUGUGAUCGUCUGGUCGGGUCUGCUCACCUGAACUCUGAUUAAUCUAUCGAUCAGGUUUCACUCAACACGAGUCGGAAAGUCACAUGACUAGUGAUUAAAAGUCCAAAUAACUUUGAAGUUUUUUUUAAAUGUCUCUAUUUGAACUUGAAUGACUUGAAUUUGGCGCCCCCUUGUGGACAAAGUGUUCCCUCUGAAGCCCAGCGCACUCUGUACGACUGUAUCGUUAAACGAUGUACGAGCUAAGAUCACGAUCACGCUGUGCGAGUUGAAUCAGAACGGAGCGUUCACAAGUUUCACAGAGGAUGACGUCAGAUGCUUCAUUCUGUUUCUCUAUUUGAACUGUAAGAACGAGAUGUUUACAUGAACAGACAAUAAUAAUCUUUAUUAUGUUUCAUGACAACAUGGAGACCUGGACCAUCACACGAAGCUGUCCCCCCAUCAGAGGACUUUUGUACAAACUGUAGAUUCAAAAACUCUGAAUAUUCAUGUUUUUAUCUUCUUCUCAUCUGUUGGUUGUUUGUGUCUUCAUAUAUCCAGUAAAGUUUUGUAUAUUAAACAUUAAAAAGCUUUUUUCAUUA